AUGACCCAGGACUUUCAACCUCGUGGUGGUCUUUUUUUUGCAGGUUCUGACGAUGAGGACGACGUAAAUCCCAUGACUGCUCAGAUUGAAGUAUCAGUGCAGUCAGCAUCUCACCAACUAGCUCCGUCAUCAGGUCCACCUUGCUCCCCACACGAGAAGCGUCUGUUCUUUGCCGAUAGUGACGAUGAAGAUAUUCCACGUUUCCAAACUCCAAGGCCAAUUGCGAUUGAUUCGGAAUUUGUCGUGAGUGGCAAUGACAGCGAAAGCGACCUGGAGAUACCCUCCUUUGAAGAAGUUCCUCGAGCUUCCAGCAUUAGUAGACCACCGGUCAAGAAGAGGCGACUCUCACCUCCUUCCAAGAUUCAGGCGCGUACGGGACAAGCAUCAUUUGAUCAUCCUGCAUAUCUUGGAUCAUUCCUUGUCGGGAAUGCCUGGAGUACUGUUAGAGGCAAAGGUUAUAUCAAACCAGGCGACACCAUUGGCAUCGAACGAGAUGAUCCUGAUGAUUUUAAAUCUGGCCUACUAGUCUCAGGCAAAGGAAAGAAGAAAGCCCUUCCCGAUAACGGUAAAAAGAAGCAACUUACUCUCGGUGCUAUGCUGAAAUCGCAGCCACCCAAAACGACGAAGAAAGCCGACACGGUAGUUCGCCUUACGAAUGACCGUGGUUUCGAGUUUGGCCGUCUUCCGCAGCAUGUUUCAUCUUGGGUUUCAAGGCUUCUUGACUUCGGAAUUAUCGACUUCAAGGGCAGUACAGUGGUGGACUGCCCAGCCACUCUGCAUUCUGGCGCGGACUUGAUAGUCUCGUUGUCUGUAUAUGUCCGUGCAUCUGCGUUCAAGCCACCGAGUACUUCCGCAGAGGGGUCACCGAACACGAUGUUCAAUCAGGGACAAGAAACACACGAUGAACAGACUCUCAGAGAACGAAAAUCUGCGCUACUCUCUCUCUUCGAAGCUAACCUGACGCAACAUGCUGGCGGUGCCAAGAAGAAGAAAAUCGAAAUUGUCGGCGACGGCGAGGAAGUCGAAGUAGAAGAAGGCGAAGAGCUAUCUGAUAACGAGUUGGACGUCAUCUACAAGAAGCGGUGUUACAGAGCCCAGAAGAACGACCAAUCGAUGGCUGAGAUGGAUCCUCCUGACACGUUUACAUUAACACUGAGGGGAUACCAGAAACAAGCACUUAUGUGGAUGCAUUCAAAGGAAUCAGGUGAAAUAUCUGCCAGAGAAGCUAUGUCUAUGCACCCCCUCUGGAGCGAAUAUGCGUUCCCUGCCGAGCCUCAAGAUGGUAUAAUCGAUCUGACUGAAGACGAGAAGCUGUUCUACUUCAACCCUUACUCAGGAGAACUCAGUCUUGACUUCCCUAAAGCGGAGCGCAAACUCAAAGGAGGGAUCCUCGCUGCAUGGGAAUGGGAAAAAACCAUUAUGUUAUCCGCUCUCAUUCAUACAAACCGAGGUCCGGAACCUAUUCUUCCUGAUGAUACCUCCAGGGAUCUUGCACGCACUCGUCAGCUGAAACUUGACAAUGCCUUUCGGUCAAGAGCUCUCGGACAAAGGAGGAAGCCUACCAAAGGCCCUUCUGCGACAUUGGUUGUUGCUCCUACCUCACUGCUCUCCCAGUGGCACGAGGAACUCCAGCGGUCGAGUGCACCAGGGACCCUUAAAGUCACUGUCUGGCACGGACAGAACAGGCUAGACUUGGACGGUAUAGAAGAUGAUUCAAUGGAUGAUGCGUCUAUCACCGUGAUUAUUACAUCCUAUGGCGUGCUCGCCUCCGAACACUCCAAACUCCUCAAGUCCGAUGGUCAAUCUUCUAUCUUCCAAGUGGAGUGGCUACGAGUCAUCUUGGACGAAGCUCAUCACUGUAAAUCCAGGACAAGUAAGACUGCACGAGCUGUGUACGCUCUUCGUGCUAGACGUAGAUGGGCCGUGACAGGAACUCCCAUUGUCAAUAAACUUGAGGAUCUUCAUUCGCUUCUCCAAUUUCUAGAGUAUACACCAUGGUCGUUGUACUCAUUCUUCCGCUCCUUCAUUACUGUGCCAUUCCUCGCUCGUGAUCCCAAAGCAAUAGAAAUAGUGCAAGUGAUCCUCGAGAGUAUCCUACUCCGACGCGAGAAGAACAUGCGUGACAACUCUGGAAAACGCAUCGUCGAAUUGCCUGCGAAGGAGGUCACUGUUGAUACACUGCACUUUACGCCUGCAGAACAAAAGAUAUACAACUCUAUUUAUAAUGCGGCAAAGCGGGACUUCGAUCAGCUCAAUGCGAAAGGGCUUGUAGGUAAAAAUUACACCCACAUUCUUGCUAUGAUUAUGAGACUGCGACGGGCAGUACUUCAUCCAGAUCUCGUCACUGAUACUGGCGACGGGACAGAGACUAAACCUUCUGGACACUCCAAAGACGGAGCGAUUGACGUGGACACCCUGAUGAAUGACAUCUCAGAGCAUGAUUUGUCGAGUGGCUCGAAAGCGGCCUAUGCUGAGAGCGUUUUAGCCAAUAUUGACACGCCCAAUGAUGCAGAAUGCCCAAUCUGCCUCGAUGUGAUGCAGACACCGUCCAUCAUCCCUCCCUGUAUGCAUCAAUGUUGUAAAGAAUGCAUCAUAUCAUAUCUUGCGACGUGCACGGACAAGGGAGAGGUGCCGCGAUGCCCAACGUGCUCGCAAGGACCAGUCAAGGAGCAAGACCUCAUUGAGGUUCUCCGACCGUCUGGUCAAGAUAGUCCACACCAGGAGUCCACAGGGGGCGAAAAAGAAGGGACGUCGACAUCAGAAGUCUUCCUGCGCCGAAAUGAUUUUAGAUCGUCCACGAAACUAGAUGCGCUGGUACAAAACCUCAGACGACUUCGAGAUCAGGACCCAUACUUCCGUGCUGUCGUCUUCUCGCAGUUCACGUCUUUCCUUUCGAUUAUCUCUGUGGCACUGGACCGUGAACGCCUCUCAUGGUAUCGUUUUGAUGGAUCAAUGGACCUCAAGAAACGCAAUGCUGCCAUAUCAGAAUUCAAGCAGAACGAGCGGAAGCCCAAGGUUCUCAUUGUCAGCUUGAAAGCAGGUGGCGUUGGUCUGAACCUGACGAGCGCUAACCACGUCUUCAUGGUUAGUUGGCAUCUGGGUAUUCGUCUAUGGUUGACCGUACUGACUUCGGUGACAGCCAUCGAUCGCGUGCACCGAAUAGGCCAAGAGAAAACUGUCUAUGUCAAACACUUUAUAGUCGAUCACACCAUCGAAGGCCGCAUACUCCAGAUCCAAAAACGCAAGACUGCCAUUGUCAAAGAGGCGUUCCGGGGGAGCGAUAAAUCGGGGAAAGCAGACCCGGAGAGUCUCGAGAACCUGAAAGUUAUAUUUGGUGAUAAUUAA